AUGGAGUCGCCGGGUCUCGCGUCGCCGGCGGCGGCGUCUGGUUCGCCUCCGGGGUCUUCGGCGCCUGCGUCUGCUGUCUCUGGGCCUUGCUCCUUCCCGCCGGAGCGCCCGCGGGUCUCAGACGUGAGUUCGUUUCCCACGGAGGAGGAGUCGCUGCUCGACUUCUUCCCAGCCACGCGCGCCGACUUUGUGUGCCGGGCGGGCGACGUGGCCUCGGUGCGCCGCGAGGACUUCGAGAACGUCCACCGCGCGCGCCAUUUGCUUUCUUUCCAGCGCAGCAUGCAGGAGUGGAGCGACUUCGAUCCCGACGCCCGGAACAACGUCGACGCGGCGGUGGUGGCGGACUUUACGCGACGCCUGCUGGAGCGCAACCCGCAGACGACUGCAGAGUUCAGCCAGUGCUGCGCGGAGCUGCGAAAGGGCCUCCGCGCCGCCCCGUCCAAGGCGCAAAUCAUCGCCGCCUACGAGGCUCUCACGCGGCGCCGGCCAGCGGCCGCCAGGGCGGAGACAGAGGGCGAGAGAGAGGGCGAGGAGACGCGGUCGCAGGCGGCGCAGGGGGGGCAGGGGGCGGGCGGCGCGAAUGCGACGGCGGCGCCGCUGCCACGCAACCGCGUGCUGGAGAAUCUGAUGAAGCGCAAGGCGACUCGAACGAACAGCGGCGUCUUGGUGAUCACCGUGUUGACGUCUCCAGGCCGAUUCUCCUGUCCGCACAACUGCCACUACUGCCCGAACGAGCCUGGUCAGCCGCGCUCCUACCUCAGCACGGAGCCUGCGGUCCUUCGCGCGAACCAGAAUGGCUGGGAUGCCGUCAGACAGUUCCACGACCGCGCCGCGACCCUCCACGGCAACGGCCACACAGUCGACAAAAUCGAAGUCCUCGUCCUCGGCGGCACCUGGAGCGGGUAUCCAAGCGACUACCAGGAGGAAUUCAUUCGCGACCUGUUCUACGCGGCGAACGUCUUCAACACACCGCAGCCUUUCAGACCGAAGCUCGCCCUGGAGGAGGAACAGACGGCCAACGAGAGUGCGGAGUGUCGCAUCAUCGGCUUGACGCUCGAGACGCGUCCCGACUUCAUCAACCGCUUCGAAAUUCGCAAGCUGCGGCGCUUCGGAUGUACACGCGUCCAGCUCGGUCUGCAGCACGUCGAGGACGAGGUGCUCGCUUACAUCAACCGCGGCUGCCAGCGGCGCGACGCCAUUCGAGCCAUUCGCCUGUUGAAGGACAGCGGCUACAAAGUCGACAUCCACAUCAUGCCUGACCUGCCCAGCAGCACCGUCGAGAGAGACCUGCGCAUGUUCUUCUACCUCCUCGGCUCCGCAGACCUCCAGGCCGACCAGUGGAAGCUCUACCCAUGCGAAGUCACGCCCUUCUCAGAAAUCGAGAGAUGGUACAGCGAGGGCACCUUCGUUCCGUACGCGGAGAAGGACGGCGGCCGCGAACUCAUUGAUCUGCUGCUCAGAGUCAAGGCCGCCGUGCAUCCUUGGAUUCGGCUGAAUCGCGUCGUCCGCGACAUUCCUAACCAAUCCAUCAUCGCUGGCAACAACAUCACGAAUCUUCGGCAGAUGCUGGCGACUGAACUGGAGAAGCGCUGCUUGACGUGUCGCUGCAUCCGAUGCCGCGAAGUCAAGGACCAGAAGAUCGACGUCAACGAGAAGGCCGUGCUGAAGGUUCGCGAGUACCCGAGCAACGGCGGACAGGAGCUGUUUCUGAGUUUCGAGACAGAAGACGAAGCAACCAUCUUUGGCUUCCUCCGGCUGCGUCUCUGCUGGCGAGAUCCGGCGCGAAGCAAGAAAGACGUCCCGUUCGCCUGCUUGGCGGGAGCCGCACUCCUUCGAGAGCUUCACGUCUACGGGUCUCUCGUGGCGCAUGGCGAAGGCAAGAUGGAGCACGACUCUCGUCCGCAGCACGCAGGCCUGGGACGCCGCCUUAUGCAGGCGGCAGAAAUCAUUGCCAUGAGCAGAGGCUUCUUUCGCAUGGCUAUCAUCGCCGGCGUCGGCACGCGCGAGUACUACCGCAAGAACGGCUACGAACUCCGCGAGACGUACAUGGUUAAGGACUUGUCUCCGCCGCCCGUCGGCGACUCCACGCUUCUCGGCUUGCCUUUGCCCUGCACAAUCACAAUCGUGAAGGUUCCCCUCGAGGCAGCCAGCGAUCUGCUCCUCGCGCCUUUGCCUGAGCCGUCGGAGCCAAAAGGCCGAGGGGGGGGGGGCGGCAGGAAAGGGAGAGAAAAGCCGCACGCGAGAAAGACGCAGGCCCCGUCAAGCGCGGUCCCGGAGGAUGGACGGUGCACGGAAGAGGAGAAAAGAACGAAGACAAGUGCCAAGAAAGGACGCGGGCAGUCAGAGGCGGGAGCGCCGGGUGGGGAGCGAGCGACGGACAGAGAAGGGGAUGCGCUGAGCAGCUGGAGGAGGGGCUCCUACCAGUUGGGGCGGCGUUGUGAGGUUCUCGAUGUUGCAGAAACUGUGGAAAAUAUCCGAAAAGAGAUCGCGGAACGUCAGAAGCAAGGAGAAUCGGCGACGCUCGCCCCGAACUCAACAACCUACGUGGAUCCCGACAACUUCGAGGAGUACGCAAAGCGUUUGUAUCCGGAGGCGCGCGGCCGGAUUGAGGGAGAAGUCCACGCAAGGCUGGGACGAGGCAGCGGGAUUGUCGCUCAAAUCCAGAAUGCCUUAAAUUGUUCACGGCAGUCAGCCUCAACGUGGUGGUCUGCCGCCCUUGCGAAAUGGCACACGACGCCGCGUGCAGCCGCCUUCUGUCUUGGUUUAGCGAGCGUAACUGUAGCGGCCGGGAUGGCGCUCACCGUUUCCAGGGGAUCGUUAAGACGUUUGUGA